AUGCAUCAUGUGGGGCUGAGGAUUUGGGACAAGACCAUGCAGGAGGAGUCUGACAAGGGAAAAGCUCUCGCUCUGCAAUGCUAUACCUGCAAAGAACCCACAGACCUUGGCAACUGUGCCUCUAUCACCAACUGCUCGUCAAAGGAAACCUCAUGCAAGACGACGGUGCACUCCGUAGAUUCAGGAUACCCCUUUUUCGGAAACAUCACUGUCACCAAAUCUUGCUCGCAGACAUGCGUGCCCUCUGAGCCGGACGGAAUCGGCGAGAGCCACCCGGACUACUGCUGUUCCACUGACUUGUGCAACCUUGGUGCGGGGCAGCCGGCCUCCGCCACUUUCUCCGCCGUGGUCUUUACAGCUGCCAUUAUCUCUGCCCUCCUCUGGACAAGAUUAUAAGGCUUUGGGAAGAGGGUGGGAUGGUUUGGC